AGAAAACCGAACACGUAAACCACCAUUCUUUUCUCUUUGGUUCCUCCUCUCCCCUCUGCGACUCGCUGAACCAAUGGAACAACAACAAUGAUUUGCUUGCUCUGUUGGAAAUAAAAAGGUUUAGGGGAUUUAUACUUGGAACAAGUAUUUCAACUCUGAUUGGCGCGUGGGCCCAUCCUUGAGCUAUAAUGAUGCUUAGUAGUAGGUUGUCAAGGCGUUGCUACUGCACUUGUGUUCAUCAGCCAUGGCUGUUUCUCGGACUGGGAAAUCCUGGCGACAAAUACAAUGGCACUAGACACAAUAUUGGGUUCGAGAUGAUUGAUGUCUUUGCUGAGUCAGUUGGGAUUCAGAUGAACCUGCUUAAUUUCAAGGCUAUAAUGGGACAAGGUCUCGUUGGCGAUGUCCCUGUUAUCCUGGCAAAGCCUCAAACCUACAUGAACUUGAGCGGUGAAUCAAGUGGACCUCUCGCGGCUUAUUACAAGUUACCUCUCAAUCGUGUGCUUGUGGUACAUGAUGACACACAAUUGCCAUGUGGUGUUCUUCGCCUUCAAGAAAAAGGAGGUCAUGGAUGUCACAACGGGUUAAAGUCAGUAAUGCACCAUUUCCGAGGCAACAAGGAAUUUGCAAGGCUACGAAUCGGGAUUGGGAAGCCUCCGGGACAAAUGGAUCCAAAGGCGUUCUUGUUGCAGAAGUUCAGCAUGCUAGCUCGUGAACGGAUUGAUGGAGCUUUAGUAGAAGGUGUGGAAGCUCUGAAGCUGGUCUUGUCUAAAGACUUUGGAGAAAGCUGGAGGUUGUUCAACGUGGAACAGAAGUACAAACACUUAAGGCAACACACAAUAAUUGCACCUUAGAGACCAAAUUGCUCUCCUCCCAAUCCAGUGUAGCUUUACUGAUAAGAAUAGAAUAUAGAUGAGAUAUGAUUUUAGAAUCAAAACAAAACAACGAUCAUUUGAAAAUGACUUGAGAGGACGAAAGUACUCUGUUGUAAUCCUCUCUCUUCCCAUGUUUUCAAGUUCUUAAGAUCAGUAUCAGUAGCAAUUACAACUUCAAGUACGAAUUAUACUUUUUCUUGAUUACCAAAGCUGACUUUUUCCCGUCCA